AUGUCGACGCCCUCGACGGCCACGGCCACGCUGCCGCCCCAUCAUCAAUUCUAUCCUCACCACCAGCCCUACCAGUCGGGCCUGCCCAAUGCCACCCAGCUCGCCAACGGCUCUGCGCGAAUAGCAAACUCCAUGUACAGCGGCUACGCUGGCGCCGCCUCCAACUCGAACCCGGGCCCUGAUCUCCGCCGCACCGCCAGCACCCACAGCAGACACCCCCAGCAGCUGCCGCCCCUCGCCCACCCCGACAUGGCUGCCCCCGCCGCCGCCAGCGACCAUCGCCGGCGGCACCCCGACUGGGCCGACUUCUACAAGAACGGCCUGCCCAAGGAGGUCAUUGUCAUCGACGACGACGACGAAGACCACGACCACGGCCACGACCACGGCCACGACCACGACCACGACCACGCCGACCAGGAUCCUGCCGCCCCGCGACAGCCUGCACUGCACCGCAACGCCACCAACCCCGCCGCACGCCACACUGACAAGAAGCGCAAGACCACGGCCGCCGGCUCCACGGCCUACGACCCCGUCUACAACCAGCACACGUCGUACUCGACCACCCAGACGCCCUACUACGACUCGCCCAACCACUCCAUAUCCACAGACAGGACCACGUCCGCCCUCAACACCACCGCCGCCACCUCGCUGGGCUCGCAGGCCAGCAACACCCACCACAUCUCGCCGCUCGAGAACACGGCGGUCGGCCAGAAGAGGAAGCGAACACGUGCUGCCGCCCAGGACGAGGCCAAGCAGGCAAAGAGACGCGACCUCGACCACGACGACCCCUUCAGCCUGUACCAGCCACCGCCCAACCCCGUCGUCAAGGCCAAGGACGUCUAUGUCCAGGUCGUUGCAGACAAAUCAAACUACAAGGACCAGAAGGUCGACGACGAGGAUGGCCACUACAUAGUCGUGCCCGAGGCCGAUCUCACAGAGCGAUACCAGAUCUUGAAGCUGCUAGGCCAAGGAACCUUUGGCAAGGUGGUGGAGGCCUGGGACAAGAGAAAAGGCACAAAGUGCGCCAUCAAGGUCAUCCGCUCCGUGCCAAAAUACCGUGACGCCAGCCGCAUCGAACUGCGGGUGCUGUCGACUCUGGCGUCGAAUGACAAGCACAACGUCAACCGCUGCAUCCACCUACGGGACUGCUUCGACUUCCGCAAUCACAUCUGCAUCGUCACGGACCUCUACGGGCAAAGCGUCUUCGACUUCCUCAAGAGCAAUAGCUUCGUGCCCUUCCCAAGCUCGCACAUCCAGAAGUUCGCAAAACAGCUCUUCACCAGCGUCGCCUUCCUGCACGACCUGAACCUCAUCCACACCGACCUGAAGCCCGAGAACAUUCUCUUGGUCCAGAACGCCUACCAGACCUUCACAUACAAUCGCACCGUGCCUUCAUCCUCGACCACGGUCAACCGCACAGCAAGACACCGCAAGGUCCUCCUCGACCCAGAGAUACGGCUCAUCGAUUUUGGGUCGGCUACCUUCAACGACGAGUAUCACUCUUCGGUCGUCUCGACAAGACACUACCGUGCGCCAGAAAUCAUCCUCAACUUGGGAUGGAGCUUCCCCUGCGACAUCUGGAGCAUAGGGUGCAUUCUGGUCGAGUUCUUCACCGGCGAUGCCCUCUUCCAGACGCACGACAACCUCGAGCACCUGGCUAUGAUGGAGGCGGUGUGCGGUGGCAAGAUUGACCGAGACAUUGUCAGAGCAGUCUACAAGCAAGACCGCACAAACUCUCGCAGCUCUGCCAAUUCUGCCGCACGAUACUUCAAGAACUACAAGCUUGACUAUCCCAACAACGAUAUCAACAAGGCUUCGAAGAAGUAUGUCAAGGCGAUGAAGAAGCUCCAUGAAACAAUACCAGGGCACACGGACUUUAACAAGCAGUUCCUCGACCUCUUGAGACGAAUAUUCGUGUACGAUCCCAAGAAGCGCAUCACGGCCAAGGAGGCGCUGCAGCAUCCCUGGUUCAAAGAGUCGCUCAUGGACGACGGCACAGAAGCCCAUAAGAUCCGGCUGGAACGGGAAAAGAAGGCGAGGCGGCAGGAAGAAGAGCGCCGAUACCAGCGAGAACAGCGGGACCGACAAGAGGAUGCGCGAGCCCGACAGGAGAACGCACGAGCGUACUAG